GUCUCAAAAAAAUAAGAACUUUGUUGGACUUCGUACUAUUGGAGUAAAACUUUGAAUCAUUUUUUUUUUUUGGUUUUUAUAUUAUAUUUUUAUAAAAUUAUAUUUUAUAAAUCAUGGCUCGUGUAUUAGUAGGUGUUAAGAGAGUUAUUGAUUAUGCAGUCAAGAUUCGUGUAAAGCCCGACAAGUCAGGAGUAGUCACGGAUGGGGUGAAACAUUCAAUGAACCCUUUUGAUGAGAUUGCAGUGGAAGAAGCUGUUAGGAUGAAGGAGAAAAAGUUAGCUAGUGAAGUCAUCGCAGUAUCCUGUGGUCCUACUCAAGCACAGGAAACUCUAAGAACAGCUCUAGCUAUGGGUGCUGAUCGAGCUAUCCAUGUUGAAGUUGCUGGGGCUGAAUAUGAAACCUUACAGCCGCUUCAUGUGGCAAAGAUUCUAGCUAAACUCUCACAGGAUGAGAAGGCUGAUCUCGUGAUAGUGGGAAAACAGGCAAUUGAUGAUGACUCAAACCAAACUGCACAAAUGACGGCCGCCAUUCUGGAUUGGCCUCAAGGAACAUUUGCUUCCAAGGUGGAGAAGAGUGACUCUGGUUUGACUGUGACUCGUGAGAUCGAUGGUGGUCUGGAGGUCAUUAAGACCAAGCUGCCAGCCGUCAUUAGCGCGGAUCUUCGUCUCAACGAGCCCAGAUAUGCCACACUACCAAAUAUUAUGAAAGCAAAAAAGAAGCCAAUGAAGAAAGUAUCAGCAAAGGAUCUCGGUGUGGACUUAGCUCCCAGGAUAAAGAUACUGAGUGUUGAAGACCCUCCAGUGAGACAGGCUGGGUCUAUUGUCCCGGAUGUGGACACACUCGUCGCCAAACUCAAGGAAGGGGGCCAUGUUUAAAUAAACCUAGUAUUUGUGAACUUUAUUUACGAGUGAACUUGUACAUGCAUCCAGAGUCUAAGUAGAGAAUUAUGUAAAUUUAUUGAAUACACUAUCAUGUUGAAAAUAUA